CUCAGCCUUCCCCCUGCAGGUUUCCAUAUGCAAUGGACACUGAUCUCAGUUCCCAGGACAGGAAGGACCUGGACAAAUUCAUCAAAUUUUUUGCUUUAAAGACUGUACAAGUGAUUGUCCAGGCCCGUCUUGGAGAAAAGAUCUGUACUCGAUCAUCAUCCUCACCUACUGGCUCUGAUUGGUUCAACUUGGCAAUUAAAGACAUACCGGAAGUUACUCAUGAAGCAAAAAAAGCCCUGGCAGGACAGCUACCUGCUGUUGGGAGGUCAAUGUGCGUGGAAAUCUCUCUCAAGACCUCUGAGGGGGAUUCCAUGGAACUGGAAAUUUGGUGUUUAGAAAUGAAUGAGAAGUGUGAUAAAGAAAUCAAAGUUUCCUACACUGUGUAUAACAGGCUCUCUCUGUUGCUGAAGUCUUUGCUUGCCAUAACCAGAGUGACACCUGCCUAUAGACUGUCAAGGAAACAGGGUCAUGAAUAUGUAAUAUUGUACAGGAUAUACUUUGGAGAAGUCCAGUUGAGUGGCCUAGGAGAAGGGUUUCAAACAGUCCGCGUUGGAACAGUGGGUACUCCAUUGGGCACCAUCACUCUGUCUUGUGCUUACAGAAUCAACUUGGCUUUCAUGUCCACAAGGCAGUUUGAGAGGACCCCUCCUAUCAUGGGGAUUAUCAUUGAUCACUUUGUGGACCGUCCCUAUCCCAGCUCCUCACCCAUGCACCCCUGCAAUUACAGAACAGGUGGGGAGGACGCCACAGUAGCAUACCCAUCAGUAGAAGACUCUCAAGAAGUUUGCACCACCUCUUUCUCUACUUCUCCUCCAUCCCAGUAUGUUUUUACCAUUACUAAAGCACAUUUUCAGAUCCCUUCUCCUGUGGUGGUGGAUACCUUGAAGGGCCCUAUGAUGGGGCUGGCUUUUUCACAUCAACUCUCCAGUUCUCGUCUUUCUUAUCAGCCUGCAGCCCUGGGAGUUGGAUCCGCUGACCUGGGCUACCCAGUAGCCUUUGCUGGUGGCUUGAGUGCGGCACAUCCCCACCAGUUGAUCGUUCCAGGGAAGGAGGGUGGAGUGCCCCUGAUUCCCAGCCAACCAGUGCAUGGCACUCAGGCUGAUCAUGAGAGAAUGGUAACAUACACCCCAUUGGAUGGGGGCCACUACUCUGCAGUUACUCCAUCUAGUAGUGAGGACACCGAAACAGUAUCUAACAGCAGUGAAGGGAAGAGCGGGUCCCCACAUGAUCUCUUGGAGACCAUUUUUGUCAGGAAGGUGGGAGCCUUUGUCAACAAACCUAUCAACCAGGUGACCAUGGCCAGUUUGGACAUUCCUUUUGCUAUGUUUGCUCCCAAGAAUAUUGAGCCGGAAGAUAAUGACCCCAUGGUGAAUCCUCCUGAUUCCCCCGAAUUUGAGUCUCCCCUUCAAGGCAGUCUACAUUCGGUGGGGUCCAGCAGCAGCAGUGGUGGGAACAUCCAUGAUGAUUUUGUUAUGGUUGAUUUUAAACCAGCAUUUUCUAAAGAUGACAUUCUCCCAAUGGACCUGGGGACAUUUUACCGUGAAUUUCAGAAUCCUCCUCAACUUAGCAGCCUCUCAAUUGAUAUUGGGGCUCAAUCCAUGGCAGAAGAUCUGGAUUCGCUGCCGGAGAAACUGGCUGUCCAUGAGAAAAAUGUCAAAGAGUUUGAUGCCUUUGUAGAGACUUUACAGUAAAGCUGCCUCCCCCACCACAGCGGCAGUGAACUUCCUCUUGGACACCCCGGAAGAGAGAGCCUAUAAAUUCUGCCUUCUUUAGUGUCAUGUUCCUCUCCGCCAC